AGCCCUAGCAUACGGUGAGCGUCACCCUGCAUUUUGGUUCAUCCCAUCAUCGGCUACAACGUCUGCCGAUUGCUUGGAUAGCCCACCAACGCUGACGCCGCCCUUGCAUACCAGUUAUAAAGGCUAUCAGGUCAAACUGACAUAUAGCUAUUCAUGUAUGCAACAGACGCUUAACAGCCUUAGGAGGUUCUGAAAACGUUUCAAGUUUCUCCGCUGCCAGGCCAGGCUUACUGAAUAACGCGAUUAAGUCUGGCUAGCAAUUUCAUCGCGCCUUCACGCCCUUCGGAUUUGUCACCUUAGUCAACGACGGCCCGUUGAGAGUGUGCCAGCGCUUAUAUCUUCCAGGGCACAAUUCUUCAAGGAUGACCAAAAGGAACGCUGAAACGUUUGCCAGUCACGAAUCAGUUCCGCCUGGCGCUGUCCCCUUCUUUGCGCCCUCUGCGAAGCGCAUCUGCGGUCGGGGGGAACUUCGCGGACUGGUGCCUCCGUCACCGUCGGACACCCUCGCCGAACAGCGAACUCUUUCAUCAUCUUCCGAUGAGAUGAGUGAUGCGUGCGAGGCUGGGGCUUCCGACCCAGCCUUCGUAAACUCUGCACAUUGGCUUGCGGCAAGCGCAGCCAGCUGCAGCUAUGCUGAUAGGACGCAAGCCACCACCCUUCAUCCGCUUCCAACGUCACAGCAGCAACUGGCGCUUUUAGGCGUCCUAACGCCACCAUCCUGCUUAGACGCACAACGAUUUCUGGAGCACCUUGCUGACUGCAUGCUCAGCUACCAGCGAAGUUCCAGCAGCUGUGCGGCUGGCGCGGGCGCAGGGGAGAGCUUGGGUACAGCACUUUGGCACGCUUUUGCGGAACUCAACGUGGUAAUGGCCCGCCACUUUUCGGAGCUUCCCACAUCCAUGCUGCGCGGGUACCACUCCUUCACCCGGGCCCCGAGAGCGCAGCUGUGGGAGCGAGUAGCAGCGUCGCCUGGUGCACAGUCGGGUGCGGAGUGCUACCAGGGGCUGCCCUGGCACCUGGCGCUCAUGCGGCACCUGCUGGAGCACGUGCUGGGCGCCUACCCCUCCGCCUCCUGCGUGCUGUACACCAUAGAGGUGCCGCAGUGGCUGCGAGGCUGGUGUGCGAGGUGGGGGCACCCGGGCGCGGGACCCAUGCGCGUGCUGGCGCUGUUCGCAUUUGACGCCAGCGGCUCGCCCUCGCCGCGAGUGCUGUACAUUCCCUGUGCGGAGUAGGGUGUGGUGGGAGGGGUGGGGACGGGGCUGGGAGGCUAGGUGAGCAGCAUGUGAGCAAGUUUGGGUGGCUGGAUGGAGCUGGUGGUUGCCGCAAGGCCGGUAAGGGGCUUGUGUUCUAUGAUGGCGAGCGGCGUUGUACGUUAACGGGCUGCUGUGUAUUAGUAGUUUGGCGUGUGGAUACUGUAUUCAUCUUAUGCGUGGGUUAGCUAUACGUGCGUAUUCUUGGAGAGGGGUGCGGAUGCCGUUACGUGGCGUGGGAAGCAAAGGGUGUCUUGCCUCUAUUAAUGCAUGUGCAUAUGGGUUUUCGCCUUGCGAUUGCGACAAACGAUCUGCUGGAUUGUGGUCGCUGGCAUUGUGCUGCAGCCUUUGCUGCACUGUGGUUAGGACUUGUGAUUACCUUUGCUUGGUGCCUUCCUAGGCCGUGCAAUAAACUUUCGGGAACCGGACUUUUGGGUGCCAUGCAAGCACGCCCCCCAACCUGUCGGCAGCUUUGCUGGGGUUUGCGUAGCAUCUGGAAUCUGACGUUGAGCUGAGGGCGGUCUACCGCGUGACUAAUGCCUUUUUCUUUGGGUGCACGAGGUUAAGUCGGCGCUGAUGAUGCUUGUCACUAAACGUAGUUAAUUAGCUGAUUGACUGCUAUGGUGAUGACUGUGGUGAUCUUGCCCCCCAGCGGUUUACUUUGCUGCUGUUCAUCCUAACCGCCACAGUGAACGACUCCCCAUCAUGCAUCUAAGAAGUUGCGCACUUGCACCAGUUACACCGGUAAUCUUUCCUAGGCG